AUGGAUCUAUCGACCUCUCGAAUUACACUUGCCGCUCAAGUUCCUGAAUCCUUGCCCUCACCGACCGAAGACAAGGCCUUAGAACGAAUAUCAACUUAUCAACAACAACCUGUGUUUCCCACCAAGUCUUGUCGCAGAUUCUCAAGCCUAGCUCACUCAGCGCGCGACAAAACCUCAAGUGCCAUUUCGAGCUGGAGUCUCAAGAUCCCUGAGCGCUCCAAAGGAAACCAACUAUCACCAGGAGGCCAAAAAUCCUCCACCAUCGCUUCAAUUUCAAAAGAAACUUUCCCACACCGAUCUACCAAUAGCUUGCGUGACCUAUUCCUAUCAUCCAAGUCUUCCAGUGAAUCUGUAGCCUCCUUUCCCCCAACUCCAAACGAAGCAAAUAACUCCAUAGUCCGAUCAAAGUCACCUCUAGAGAUAACGUCCUCCUACCUUCAUAAUAAAAGAAGCUGCAAGCUUCUAGCUCCAAUUAAGCUAUUACCGCCACCACCUCCUAACCCGAAGAAAAUGCAUCAAACAUCAUCGCGGUUACUGCGGAUGACAACAGAUGAUCGUCCAUUUACAAGGGACUUUAAGGAUCUCUUUGCCACUUUGAUUGUUAGCCUACCGCUGGCAUCUCAUCGUAUAAGGUUGACACGAAUCGAUCAUUCUUUUUUAUCUGAAGAAGCAAUUAAUAACCUGGGUUCCCUCAAAUUUUCCCAAUCCAAUCGAAUGCCUGAUCCUAAGGACCCAUCUCGUAUCGUAACCACAACAACGACGACUACUUUUUCUAUGGCACGAGAAAUGGCACGGUCAGUGUGUCAAAGAUUUUUGGACGCUAGAUUUAUUGAAUCUGCCGAUGGUAAACAUAUCAAAGAGUUUCCCAUGAAGGGUUGCGUUUGGCAAUUAACUCCAAAGGGUAUAUUUGUCUUGGAAAGAUUCUGUGGCAAAAAUGGAAUCCAACAGAAGCACGUUUUGGAGCUCAUCAACUCUCCCCGCAAUACGAUGCAGCUAGUUAUACUCGAGAGAGAUUCGGGUUCAGAUAAACUAUCUGCAGACCGGUGCACGAUUGAAGUAAUUUUUCGUCGGUUCGUGGGUCAGAACGGGCCAAAUGUCAAGUGUCACACGAGCUCAGCUGAUCAGGAUUCACUUUGUGACUAUAAGGAUAGUGUAGCUGGAGUACGAAUGGUGAGUGAGAGGAAAAUCGGUAAUCGGAUUUUUACGCAAACCUUUACUGGUCGAGUUGCUAUAGAUUGGUUGAUGGAUUGUUGUACCACCGUGGAUCGACUCGAGGCUGCACAAAUCGCAACUCUCUUUUUGUCACACGGACUAAUGUUCUGUGUUCACGCCGACCGACAGUAUCUAGCGCAAUACAAUGGAUCAAAGAAAGAAAAAUCGAGUAUUUUCCAGCCGACCAAAAGCGCUAUAUACCAGGUAUCUGCUAAGGGCAAGAAUGUCGUAGACAUGAACAAAUGUGAUCAUAUACUAGAUGGUGACCUUCACGACGGUGGAUAUAGAGCUAGUGUUUCGCGCGAUUCAAAUACCCAAAAGCUAGAUAAAAUUCUGAGUGAUGCAGCCCUAAGGUUAUUAUUUAGGGAAAAUCUACGCGAUACGCACUGUGAAGAAAACUUAUCUUUCUAUCUUGAUGUCGAUGAGUUUAUCAAGGCUUGUAAGGCUGCCAUUAAAUCUCAACCGGUGUCUGUCAAAAAUAGCAAAACUUCAUCCUCAAACCUCGAUACUAUAAAGGAAACUAUGGCUGCAGCAUACGGCAUAUAUAACGCUUUUCUUGCACCCGGAUCGCCUUGUGAGCUAAAUAUUGAUCAUACAUUACGAAAUCAACUUGCAACACGUAUGACUAAAGCUGUUGGUCACGACAGCACUAUGACUGAGAGUCUAGCCGAAGUCAAUAAGCUAUUUCAGGAAGCCCAGGUAUCCGUCUUCAAACUUAUGGCUAGUGAUUCGGUCCCUAAAUUUAUGAAGAACCCCAAAUAUGAGCAAACACUCAAGAAUUAUGACUUUGAUUCAAUUAUGCUCAAAAGUCCUACUGAUCACAACAUGAGUCGGAAAGCCAGAUGA